CUUAGAGAUUCUUAAACAAGUUGUAGGCAAUAUGGAUGAUAGCCCAUCUGAAGACUUGCCUGACAAGUUGCGCAAGAGUCUAAUGCACAAGAGAUACCUCAUUGUUUUAGAUGAUAUAUGGGAAGUUGAGGCUUGGGAAGAGUUGCACUUAUCGUUCCCGGAUGAUGAAAAUGGAAGCAGAGUAGUGCUAACAACUCGAGAUGAGGAAGUGGCUAGGCAGCUUAAGCACCACAGUGAUCCAUAUUUUCUUCGAUUUCUCACCGUGGAUGAGAGCUGGGACUUGCUUCAGAAGAAAGUAUUUCAAGGAGAGAUUUGUCCCCCAGAGCUACUUAAAACAGGAUUACAAGUUGCUCAAAACUGCAAGGGAUUACCUCUUGUGAUCGUUUUGAUUGCUGGAAUUAUUGCAAAGCAAAGGGAAGCCUCUUUGUGGCUUGGGUUCGCAGAAGAUUUGAGUUCCCAUGUUUUAGAAGAGCAAAGCAUGAAGAUAAUAGAAUCAAGUUAUGACCAUUUGGAGGACCAUUUAAAGUCUUGCCUGCUUUACAUGGGAUUGUUUCUAGAAGACCAUCAAUUUCCAGUAUUCAAUUUGCUAAACUUGUGGAUAGCAGAAAAUUUUAUACACAGCGUGGACACAGAGAACGUUGAAGAAGCAUCUAAAAUUUGCUUGAAUGAUCUAGUGAACAGAAGCUUAGUAAUUAUUUCUCGAAGGAGAGAAGAUAAUGGUGAGAUAGAGUACUGCACUGUUCAUGAUGUAGUGCAUGAGUUUUGCAUGAGGAAACUUACAAAAGAAAAGUUUAUGCAGUACCGGCCUUCAAAGGAACCCCAAUAUAUUAGGUUUAUCCAUGAUGAUCUUGUUCACCAAUUGUUGCAGUAUACAAAAUCAUUGGAUAGGAUUCCAAUGUUGGCAGGCUUGAAGGAAGGAGAGUCUUUUGCUCAAUGUCAUGAUAGGUUUCUUAAGUUUAUUGCUCAUCCAAAGUCCCGUGUUUGGGAAAAGACUUUUCCUUUACUCGAUAACUUAAGAUUUAUUCGGGUGUUGCAUUUGUCAGAUGUCUGUUUGGAAAGACGUUCUUGGACUACAGCAGUGCAAGCAGUAACUCACUUGAGAUAUCUUGCAAUUUGUACCCAAGAAUUUGAUUUCCAGUGGGUAUCACACCUACACUAUCUACAAACUUUGCAGGUGGUGGGGAAUAGUGAUUUUUCAAGGCGUUUCGAGACAUCCCCUUCUAUUUGGAAAAUGAAGAAGCUAAGACAUGUGGAUAUACAGGAUUUUUCCUUCAAAUGGGAAGACAAUGAUCGAGCACUGUUCGAAGAAUCUUCAUCAACUUUGUUACCAGAUUUGAAGACUUUUGGAAAGUGUCGUAUAUACUUGGCUGAUAAGACUCCGGAGUUCUGGUGGAGAUUUCCAAAUAUUGAACAACUCAAGCUCCACUUUAUUGAACCAGGUUAUGAAGUUGAUAUGCCUAAUCUUGAAGAACUCCCACUUCAAUCUCUCGAACUGUGUUUUUCACGCCCGAUUUCAGGCUACAAAUCCAUUGGACAGGCCCGCUGUGUUGUCUUCCCUUCAAAUCUAAAGGAUUUGUCCCUUGAUAGACUUUGCCUAACAGAAGAAGCUUUUUCACAACUUGCAAGUCUGCGAAACCUUGAAAGUCUCAAACUACGUAAUAUAUACUUUAAGCCGGAAAGUAGAUUCAGGCAGGCUGGAUAUAGCAUAUGUUGGGAUGUCAGUGAUUAUGAGUUCCUAGCACUCAAAUAG